CCCGGGUUGUUGGGGAGGCUUACUUACAUUGAUAUAAGUUUCGUCUUUUUGUAAUUAAAUAUUGUAAUGACAUGCAGUUCUAUUCUAAUAAGUCUCUUCCAAAAGUGUUUAAGAGGUCUCCCUAUUUGACCCCUUCCAGGAAGAAUUUUUAACUCUUCUAUUUAUGCCGAGGUCCAAGUGUUUUUAUCUAAAUGGCCACUGAAGAGUUACACAUUGGGUGCUCUGGCGUUAUAAGGAAUAACAGACAUCGUUUGCAUGUUAGUUUAGUUAAUAGGGUAUGUCGUGAACUUUCAAACGUGCUCCCAACCCCGAGGUGCUGUUUUUAGGAGAAAGACACUACUGGUGUAGUUUCGGUGGUUCUGGGGAAACUCCUAUCACGGAAAUGGAAACAGAGCCACCGCUUUGGUUUGAGGACACGACUCACUGCCCUGGGCCCUGAGGAAAGCUGAUGCACCUGCGGAGACGUGUUAUUUUUUCCGGUCUCCCAAGAAACAUUUUUGGUAGUUGGGAGACUGGAAUUGUUGGUGAGGACGAUGGAGGGAAACAUUUUACUCCUGAAGAAUAUGAAGAAUACAAAAAAAAAGUAUUACCGAUGCGCUUACAAAACAGAUUAUUUGUGAGCUGGCGAUCACCAACUGGAAUGGAUUGUAAACUUGUGGGUCCAGAGACACUGUGUUUUUGUACACAUAGGUAUAAACAACAUAAAACUGACUUUGAAACGAUUCCACAGCAGCGCCCUAUUAGUCUCCCUUGCCGAGUGACUGGCUGCCAGUGCAGGGCUUACCUUUAUGUCCCUCUCAAUGGUGCGCAGCCCAUUCGCUGCAGGUGCAAGCACUUUGCUGAUCAGCACAGGGCUGCGCCUGGCUUUAUGUGCAAUGCCUGUUCCAAGUGUUCAGGAUUCCAUAGUUGCUUCACUUGUGCUUGUGGUCAGCCUGCAUAUGCUCAUGACACAGUAGUGGAAACUAAGCAAGAAAGACUUGCUCAGGGGAAACCAGUGGGACAGGAUGUCCCUUAUGCAGCAAUGGGAGGUUUGACUGGCUUCAUCUCACUGGCAGAAGGCUACAUGCGAUUAGAUGACAGUGGGAUUGGUACACCUUCAAUGGAAUUUUUAGACUCUCCAGUUACAGCCAUGGACCACCCAUUUCUGAAAGCAUUUCAAGCAUCAUCUAGUUCUUCUCCAGAAACACUAACAGAUGUAGGUACAAGUGGUCAAGUUGCUUCCUUAAAGAGACCUGAAGAGGAUGAUAUGGCUUUCUUUGAAAGACGAUACCAAGAAAGGAUAAAAAUGGAAAAGGUUGCUAAGCAGAAAGGAAAAGCACCGUUGCCAUCAAGUACAAAACCUUCAUGAAGACUAUCAAAUUAAAACCAUCAUCCAAA